AUCUGUUUAUGUACGCUUUUCCACUGUCAAAUCGCAAAUUUCACGUACUACGUCCUUACAUCAAACGUUCCCAAACAGUUGGAGCAAUCUCUAACGCCCGCAUUUCUGAAUGCGAUUUAACAUGAGUAAAUACGCCAUCUGUCAGUGUUACUUCACUCGCAAUUUUUUUGUGGACCAGUUACAGACACAUUGCCUAUUCGCCAGUACGCCACAAUUCCUUCAUGAUUAUGCUGACUUAAUCCGCAAUCUUGGUCAAGAUGAGCUCAAGUCGAUUCUGAAGGACUUAGCACACGAACGUGAUCGACGUCGAAACCUCAUCAAUGGUCUUUCCUCUGUACGAGAAACGAUCCGGACCAAUUACAAGAGGAAGCAUCCGGGCAUCUUCAAUUUUCAAGAGUCUCGAAUGUUGGAUGAGCGAUUCAGUGAGUUGGUGACGGAGGCUCGCAAUAAACGCGCUUUGGACAAGAUUACACACCAUGGAAGAGGCGUGUUCUCAUUCCCUGCGUUCACACCAGAUUUCUGUCAAGAGCUCGUUGACGAGCUCAAUUCUAUCGAGCACCACCCCAAUUUACCUCUGAACCGUCCCAACACUAUGAACAAGUAUGGGACCGCUUUGGAUGACGUUGGGUUCACUAAUGUUGUUGAUACUUUGCGCCAAGAAUUCAUCCAACCUCUAUGUGAUCGCUUGUACAAGGAUGAGAGAUUUCAGUUGGAUUCGCACAAGGCCUUCACCGUCAAGUACUUGGACAACGAUUUUAAGAAUGAUGAAGGUCUGGCCAUUCAUUUUGACAACGCUGAAGUGACAUUGAAUGUGGCUUUGACCGAGAAUUUCGAUGGGGGGGAAGUGGUUUUUCACGGACGAAGUUCAAACGGACUCAAUCAGCAGCCUCCGCCAAUUGGUAUCAAUCAUGAGGUGGGUCAAGGGAUUCUCCAUUUGGGCUGCCAGUUGCAUGAAGCCCUGCCAAUCACAAAUGGAACAAGGGUGAAUCUAAUCAUUUGGAUGCGUUCAUCCAAACACCGAAACCUUCGUUGUCCAAUGUGUCUUGAGAAACCAAUACUUGAAGAAGUAAGUUGUGGCUAUGGCGACGGAUUUACGAUGCAUCAAUCACAAAAUGAUGAGCAUUCACACUAAAAGAAGCAUGUAUUUAGGUAUUUGGUGAACAAUGGGCAAUAUUAUUUAAGCAAAUUCA